CACCACACUACCACCACCCUCAUCACGUCGCUGGUUGGGAAGGACAACGAAUGAGUCUCUGGUGAGAGCGUGGGAAGCCUCGCUCGGUUGGCCCCCGCCGCCCCUCCCACCGGUGCCCCGUCCGUGGGGGCGGGUGCCGACGACUCGGCCGCGUUGUCCGGUCGGAUUCGGGCGCCGAUGAGGACCGGUCGCAAGGGCUCCGGGAGCACCGUCGACGAGUACCGCUGCUCGCGGGGGAAGAUCUGCAUGAAGAAGUCAUGGUCGCCGGAGGCGGCCGAGGGGCCGCUCCCCGCCGAGGCGCCGGCGGCGGCGGCGGUGCCGGCGCCUCGGCGGCCCGCCGCCCGCCGGUUGCCGCUCGUGCGGCUGGAGCGCGUGCCGCUGCUGGAGCGCGCCGCCGGCGCCGGCGCCCUCUCGCCCGAGAGCUUCCGCAAAUUUGUGACCGGCGAGGGCCGGCGCUGCGACGAAGGGCGGCCGCGGGACCCGGCGUCGGCAACCCUCCGCCGCUCGUUUCGGCAGGCGGGGGGCCAGGCGCCGGAGAGGAUCUUGGACGACCCCGAGGAGUUGUGCCGCGGCUGGCUGCCGAAGGCCCUCGUGCCCGAGAGGGACGCCGCCGCCGGGGCCGCCGGGGCCGCCGCCUCGGCGCCCCCGGCGGCCGCGAGGGCCUCGCCGGGGGCGGACGCCGCGGCGAGGGAGACCCCUCCGGACGCGAGUCGACGGCCCCACCCGGCGCAGGAGGCCCUCGCCGUCGGCGAGAGGCGCGGCGCCGCGGCGCCGACCGCGGCCAAAGGCGGCGCUCGCGGCCAGGGCGCCGACGGGCGCGGCGCCAGGGCGGCGGCGGCGGCGCCGGCCGCCUCGGUGCCGGCGGGCGCUCCUGCGCAGGCCGCCCCCGCCCCGCCGCCGGGCCGAGCCGAGGCGGAGAACUCCUUCGCCGUGAAGGUGCGGCAAGCGCCCGACCCGGCGCUGCAGGAGAGCGUGGCGGUGCCGUUCCGCUACUCGACCUACGACCCCGUGCUGGACGUCAACCCCCGGCUGAUGCGGGCGUUCGACGCCUUCCCGUACCCGACGCGGGACCGCGCCCUGCGCCUGGCGCGGCGCACCCGAGUCGCCGUGGAGAACGUGCAGGCGUGGUUCGAGGCCCAGCGCCUCAAGCACGGCAUCAGCUGGACCCCGGACGAGGUGCUGGAGGCCCGGCUGCGGCUGCGCAGCAGCGACGCCGUCGACAGCGACGACGACGUGGCGGAGGCGGACGAGGGCGGCUCGGGGUGGCCCAGCGGCUUCGGCGCGGGCGCGAGGACCGCGGCGGCGACGGCGGCGACGACGAGAGGCGACGACGGCAGAAGCGACCCCGGUGGCCGCGGCCGACGCGACGACGCCGUCGAAGGCGGUCGCGCGGGACCUCGGCACCACGCGGAGCCGACCGCGAGGCACGCGCCCGAGGCGGGCGGCGGCGGCGGCGGCGGCGGCGGCGACGACGGCGGCGGUGACGUCUCGCACGUGCCGGAGCGUGUCCAGGUUCCGGAGCGUCCCGAGGUGCUGGAGCCCGGCGAGAUUCUGGAUCUCAGGGAGGUCGUGCGGCGAGGCGACGCGCCGGAGACGCAGGAGGCCUCGCUGCCCACGCACGUCCACAUGGCGCUGUGGGCCAGCUUCCACGAGUCGCCGUUCCCGUCGGCCGACAGGCUGGAGCGCCUGUGCACGGAGACGGGGCUGACGCUCAAAACGGUGCAGCAGUGGUUUGAGAUCUGGCGGUCGGCCGGCCGCCUGCCGACGACGAGUACGGAGGGUGCCAGCGGAGCGUUCGCAUCGAACUGGAAGCCCAACUGGAGCAGCGAGAACAGCGCCGGGCUGACCGGCGUCCGGGCCGAGCGGGCGGCGCCGGCCACCAUCGACAUAGAACUCGGCGCCAGCGACGUCGGCGAGGAUUCCGACAGCGACGACAACGACAGGCGGGUGGCGGAGGAGGACGAGGGGGGCACGCGGGAGCGAGCGGGCUACGCCAGCGACGCCAGCGACGCCAGCGACCCCAGCUACAGGCCGGGGAACGGCAAGAAGGCGGCGGCGGCGGCGGCGGCGGCGGCGGCGCCGGCGCAGAAGCAGUGGACGCUGCCGGGCCACUUGCCGUGCGAGCGCGACAUGCUGCGGAUGAAAUUCGAGGAGAACCCGUGGCCCACGGAAGAGGUUGUCGCCUUCCUGUCGAACGUGCUCAGGAUGACGCCCCUGCAGGUGCGCAAAUCCUUCUCUUACCGCCGACAGCAGCAGCGGAAAAAGAUGAUGUUGGCCGAGCAGCAGCAGCAGCAGCAGCAGCAGGAGGAGGAGGAGGAGGAGGGGGCCGGCCGUGACAAGCGGCCGGCGCGUGACGCCAACCCCAGGCGCCGCCCGCCGGCGUCGGCGUCGCCCGGCGCGGCCAAGGGUCACCCGCCCGGCCAGGCCUCGGAGGCGCGCAAGCGCAGCCCCGCCCCGGCGGCGCCGGGCGACGUCGCCACGGCGAUUGCGCGCGCCCUGCCGCUCAUCUCGCUGAACGAGGCCUUCCUGCUGGAGCGGUCGCCCUCGGACGCGACGCUGCGGCGCCUCGUGGAGCAGACGGGCCUCCCCGCGCAGGACGUCGUCGACUUCUUCGAGCGCAAGCGCCGGCGCAGCAAUGGCGCCGGCGGGGGGCCCGUGGCAGGCGGCCCGCCUCCGCCGGCGGCGGACUUCGCGCCCGAGCGGGGGGGACCCCCGGGCCACGUUUUGAGCCCCGGACAGUCGAUCGAGCUCUCGGACGAGGGGGGCGGGCGUCGACUCCGGCGCCACCAACGGCGCCGGGGCCGGGAGCGUCAUGGUCGUCAUCGGCAGCAUCGGCUGCGGCAUCGGUGAGAUCAUGAGGAGGAUGGGCGGCGCCGGCGGCGAGCGCUGAGCCGGCGGCGUCGCCGGUCGCGGCGCCGGCGUUCGCGGCGAGCCGGGCCGCCGUGUUCCUGGUGGCGGUGGUGGCACCCCUUGGCGGCCGCGUGGGUUGGCGGUGCGUUAGCUGGUGCUGCCGGCGGUGAGAAGACCGUCCCGUGCCGCAACAUUCCCACAACGGUUCCCCGGGUUCCACCGAGCAAUGGCACCGCUGUGCCCCUUUUCCCCCCUCCUCCACCUCCUCCUCCACCUCCUCCACCUCCUCCACCUCCACCUCACUCCUCGCCUCUGACCACGUCGUCGCGAUCGCCCAGUUGGCGGGGAAAGGGCACGUGGCCGGACCAUCGCUUGCCCCCAGCGGUUGAUGCCUUGCCGGCGAUGCACCCUUGAAUUUUUUGGACGCUUCGACAACUUUUAUUUAAAGCUUUCGUGACUGCAGGGAUUGAAUCACACCUGGAUCUUGUUUUUAUUCAAGAUUUUGGAGAUCUUUUUUGUGAUCCCCGCAAUGUUGGGUAAAGUGAUUGUUUUGAA